UAAUAAAGCUCUCACCUCAAAAAGCUGGUUUUUUGACACUCUCUUUCAUUCGUCAUGACUCCUUAUGCGUGCACGCAAAAUUCGGUUUUCCAUAUCGACUAUGGGGUUCCUUUACUGGCAAGCAAGAGCACCGAUUAUCGGACUUCGUCUAGGAAGAACCACGACUUCAUCCCCAGUCUGCCGCAGGAUUUCGAUUGCAGAGUGAAAGUGGAAUUGAAACCUGAACUAAAAGAAACUGAUAUCGCGUUGCGAAACGAGUAUAAAAGUACGUAUAACGCAGAUUUUCUCGGGUGCCACAAUGUGGAUAAUGCCGUGAUGGACGAUCGAGCGAUGGGCUGCAAGCAAACUGACUAUUUGAGGACUACGGGUGAGAAAAUCUUCAGAGAGUCAGUCUCUCAUAAUAGCACAAACAUUUCGGAGAUGAAAGGUGCCUUCAUUUUUCACAAUGGGAGGCUUCCUCGAGAGAACCCGCCGCUUAACUUUACUUGUGAGAUACCAGAGUGCUAUACAGCACUACAGCCUGACGUUAAUCCUGCCGACAGCGGCUUUUUCAAAUACCAAGACAUUUAUUUGAGCGGAAAUCGAUCCGACUACCCACUCCACACGAAGCAGCAAUUCACCAGAGCCCGGGAGCACAUUUUUACUAUUUACGACCAACAUUCCGGAACACAUAAGGAGUCAAAGGACGAGCUGCCAUGCAAACUCGAUGGAAACAAGACCAUGUUUGAUAAAGGACAUCUUAAACGCCAACUGCCCAAUCGAAUUUCACCAAAAACAGCAAAAAGAGUGGUGAAUUUUGGGAACUCCUCAGAAUGCCAUUCGGAAUACGUAAAUCCAGCACGUUUGGUUUUUUAUCCGUACCGGCAAGAAAAUGGGGUUUACUGCCCGGAGUCAUUUGCAGCAGCCGGGCCCUGGCAGAACUUGUCUGCUGCUGCAAUGUACUGCAGCGAAAACUGCCACAUUGGAAGCCGGUGGCCAAUCCGCAGCGUCGUCGAUCUUAAUCACCCAUCGCAGGCCAAUAAAAUUAUUCAUUCAAAUUCGUGCUGUUCCAGAAAUUAAGUCGCCUCCAUUGCUAAAUUUGUUUAAAUAAAGUCGCGUGCCUUUGGAUUACUACCUCCAAAAA